AUGUAUGAUUGGACAAGAUCAAAACGCCUAUCGAUCGAUGUUGGUAUUAAAAUGUCAAUCUUUUUGGGUAGAAAUAAAGAGAUAAAGAUGUCAAAGUUACCCACUGCAAGUCGUUUCAAGUAUACAAAUGGUACACCCAAUCAACCAGCAGACACAAUUUUCGGGUGUAGUGUUGGGACAACAUCACAAGACUCUAAUGUAUUGCAAGCCAAUCAUUCAUUCAUUGCUUUCCCAGCUAAGGUAUCAGGGUCAGUUUGUGUAAUACCAUUAAAUUCAAAGGGAACAAUUUCAGAUGAAUCUCCCUUACUAUUGCAUGAUGAUCAAGUCAAUGAAAUUGCAUUCUCACCAUUUAGAGAUGAGAAUGUUGUUGUUACAGCCUGUCAAGAUGGUACUGCUCGUGUUUGGAAUAUUCCAACUGACGGUUUAGAUGGUUCAACCAGCAAUCCAACCGCAUCAUUGGUUGGUAGUGGAAAGAGAUUAUUGUCGGCUGGUUGGCACCCACUUGCCAAGAAUGUGGUGACUACUGUUGGUAUUGACGAGGUUCGUGUCUGGGAUGCUCUUAGUGGAACAUCUUUGUUUACAUUGCCAACCGUUCACAAGGGUCUAGUGACAUCGUUGUCUUGGAGUGAUGGCGGUGACCGUAUCAUCACCUCUUGCAAGGACAAGAUGUUACGUAUCUUUGACCCACGUAGCAACACUAUGAUUGCUCAAGUACAAGACUGUGAAGGUGUCAAGAGUGCAAAGUCGUUGUGGGUUGGCAGAACACCACUCAUCUCUACCUAUGGGUUCACCAAAUCAAUGGAUCGUGAGAUUGGUAUCUGGGAUUCCCGUGCCAUGAAUACACGUAUCCAAACCACCAAACUAGACAUUUCACCAGCAUCCCCAAUGCCAUUUAUCGAUAAUGACACCAAUGUCGUCUACCUCGGUGGCAAGGGUGAAGCUAGUAUCAAGAUUAUUGAAAUCAACCAAUCCAAUGCCCAACCAUGUCAAGUAUUGGGCGAAUGGAAGCAUAAUGUACCAGCAGCCGGUAUGGCCAUUCUCCCCAAAUACCUCUGCGAUGUCAUGAAGGUUGAAGUCGCCAAGAUCCUCAAACUAUCACCAACUGGUCAAAUCAUCCCCAUCCGUUUCGAAAUACCUCGUGUCAAUACCCAAUUCUUCCAAGACGAGUUGUAUCCAGAUAGUUGGGACGGUGUAUCCACCAUGGAUGCAUUAUCAUGGGCUGAAGGUACCAAUCAACCUGGUAACCUUAAAUCUUUAAAUCCAUCUGCUUAA